UCUCAUACCAUUUUUAUAAGAAAUAAUCCAAAAAAAGCAUAACAAAGCAAGUAUGAAAUGUGAGAAGAAGAAGAAAAACAAACACAACAAAUCUCCAGAGAAAGGAAAAGCGGGAGAAGAGAAAGAUGGCGCCAGAACGAAAGGCAUUAAACUACUGGACAAACUCUUUGAGGAGAAGACGGCCGAGGAAAUCUUGGCAUUGAGCCAGAAACAUGACGUAAUGGGACUGGGGCCACUGUCCAUGGUGGCUGCCAUGGGUCACGUGACUGGAGUGCGGAAACUUCUCGAAGCUGGAGUGAGCGUGAAUGACCCAUCCUCUAUGGACGGAGAGACGCCUCUGACACUGAGUUCUCGCUCCAAGCACGUGGAGGUUGUCGAGUUGUUGCUGCAGCACCACGCUGACAUAACACAAACAAACAAUGAGGGGGACAACGCUUUCAUGAUUUCCAUUAAAGUUGGAGACCCGAAAGUCGUGAAUAUGCUCUGGAGCUACAGAGCCAAUCUCAAUAUUAACCAUAAGAACAAGAAUUCCAUUUCGGCUCUGCACUAUGCCGCGGAGCGUGGCUGGGAAAGCUGUGUGCAGUUUCUGAUCAUGCAAGGCGCCGAUGUCAAUGCGCAGGACAAGAACGGUUCCACGCCACUGAUUGUUGCCUCCAUUCGAGGCGAUCAGCGCACGGUGGACGUCCUCAUCAAGGCGGGUUGUAACGUGUUGAUCGAGGAUAAGACUGGUUGCACCGCUGUGUGCAGAGCGCUACAAGCAGAGAAGAACAAUCUCACAGAGUUCUUUCUGAAAAAAUUUACGGAGCAGCAGGCUGAUAUCUAUGUCAAGAACCGCGCAGAACGGUUGCGAAAACCGGAAGUACCAAGUCAUGAAGUUGCAUAUUAUUACAAGCAUAUUUUAUUUCCCAUGCUGGAGGAAUUGAGCAAAUACGAAAACUAUCGGGACCUGCUCUUCCGCCAUAAGAUCAUCCCUCAUGCCAUACUGGCCGUGAAUGGCUUUGUUACCUACCCAGAUAUCAUGGCGGCUGUGUGCCAGAUAUUCUCUGCUCUGAUGUAUCACUAUCCAACCUUUGUAGAGGAACGCUUUGCUCUUCAGUUCAUCAAAUCUGGGGGACCAGAUUUGGUUGUUAGAGCCCUGAAAUUCUUCAGCGAAUCUAAAUCUGCAAACCCGAGCGUCCACGAGGAAGGAGUGUGCUUCCUCCCAAUACUCGCAGCAUGUGAAGUACCCAUCGGUCGAGAAUGGCUUCAGAAAAACAGCCUCAAAGUGACACCAUUUACUCGCAAUUUCGAAGUCAGCGUGGACACCAUCGACUUUCCAGGUUCUGGUUCAAAGCUUAAAGCAAAAGUGCUGUGGACUCGUUUCCGAGCUUUUUUCGAUCGAAUGUUGCGAACCCAGUGCGAGCAACAGGAAGCAGAGCUACUGGAGGAAGAGGCAAGGGAGAAAGUCCGAAGAGAGAAAAAGCGCGAGAAGAAGCGACAGCGUCGCCAGCGUCAAAGUCAAAUGAAGCAAGAGCCGGGAGCGGAGGUUGAACAAGAGCCUGGAGAUUGCCUUCCGGAGGUACACGGCAUCCUAUCCUUAGAAGAAAGCAGUAUCAUAUCAGGGCCCUUACUGCGGGACAGCGACAACGACGACGAAGAUACUCCAAACAAUGGAGGGGUCGCUAAAGCAGAAGCCAUGGACACAUUCGUGCAGAAGAUGAAGUCAAUGUUUGCUGAUCCCGAACAGAAACCCACCGGUAAACCAAAUGGAGAAGUAUCAGUAUCUUCUCCAGCAGAAAAACAUGGCCGUGUUGCAUUGUCGGGGAAUCGUUUCGAGGAAAGAAACACAAAUUCAUCAUGCAUGGACGGCGAAGCAAAUGAGCAGUAUGUUAAAAGGAAAAAUGAAAACCGCCAAAAUGCGGGUACCUUGCCUAAUGCACAGGGCCUCUCCGGCAGAAAUGACAUUCAAGAGGAUGGCAUGUACGUUACGGAAGGUUUUUACGACCCUUCUGCUUUAUGUACGGGGACAUUCCCGGGUGAGAACUCAUGGAUUACCGUUGGGGCGAAGAAGACUGUUCCACGACCCCAAGAUAAACUCAUACCUGAAAUGACAGGUGGAACUAACAAAAAGCAGAAAAAGAAAAAGAAAGCCACUGAUAUCGUAGGUAUACCUAGUGCGGUGGUGCACCACCCUUCCACUGUUACGCAGAGUAGCAAUAAUGUCUGGAAUCCCCAAACAGUGACAGAAGAUUGGGAAAUUGGAGUCCCAGAUGGUGAAAUACUCCCAAACUACGAUGACGAAUUUCCUUCGCUGACAUCCAUAGCCCAAAGCCGAAAGCGUCACGCGUCAACAAUGGAGACAAAACCUCGUACGAACCAGCCCACAAGCCACUGCCCAGAAUGGAGAAAAAUAUCUGCCCCACAGCCUGAGCGAAAGGCCCCUAGUCGUACAGAGGUGUCACCAAUGCGCAUUGGAUCGGGAACUGACGACGAGGGGGCAGCUGAAGACGAGGGUUCCCCUGAACCGAAGGCUAGAGCAUGCCGAUCUGACGAUUGCCUAAACCCUCAGGAUACAAUGGACGUCAGUGAAACUCCUACAUGUCCACCAGAGAGCGCGCAGAUCAGGCCCACUCUAGCAAACAUUGCGGUCACACUGUGUACUGAUAAUCACACUAAGGGAAAACUGCAAACUACAAGCACCGCGGUGUCGGAACCACAUCAUCCACUCACGACAUGCCCUCCUCCACAUCUCCCGUGCACAAUACAGCCUGGCAUACCCUGCCAGGAAAGCUAUACGAAUGCAAUGUGCUGGGAUUCAAGGAUGUCUGACUGCUGGCCAGCAGCAACGUCUCCGUCACGCCCACCUCAAAGCGCUUCUGUGACCAUUCCGAGGUGUCCUCCAACGCUUGCUCUCACAGGGAAUCCUCCUACUGGACGGUCGACAACAGCGGGUUUAUGCAUGCCAGGGUUUCAUGAUGCUGUAGACACCAAACCAUGGUAUUCGAAUGUAACGAGCAUCUGUUUAGAUCAAGAUCCGCUGCCACAAACCCUUACAUCCAAGCAACCUCUCACUGAGCCUUUGGAUGGACACGGAAGAAACGCCCAGAAUCAGUGUGAAACGACAACAGAUAACCGACCAUUUGUUGAGUACCAGCGGGCCAGACCAAAGGAAGACGAGAGGAUGGGCAAUAUUCACAAUAUUCCAACCACUCUCAACUGUGACGAAGUCCCACCCUGUAUCCCACAUAAAUUAGCACUUCGUCCACAACAAGUGCCGUAUGGAGUCUUACCUAGAGAUACCUCUGAAAUACACCAGUCAAGGGCCCAUGAUCUCUUUGACCACAACACUCGCACACCGUCGGAGCAGAUACCAAAGCCGACAGCAUACAAGCAUUUAUCACAUCAAAGCGACGAAUCCAAAGAGAGAUUUCAAAAGAAUAACUUACCACGGGAUCAAGUUCAGCAGGUGUCUAACUUUCCGUCGGAGGAGACCAUCAGAAAUGCCACGACACUUUGCGCCCAGCAGAUCGCUACCCUCGCCGAGCUUCAUUACCAAAGGUCUUUAAUGCAGGCCCAGAAUGAAACAUCUAACAAAGCCAGUGAGCGUACCGAAAAAGCGCCAUUUCAAAGGUUGGUGGAAGCAAACUUUAAGGACUGUCAAACAUUUGCUAGAACGAACGUUUCUGAAGCCCCUGAACAGUGUUUGCCAACUGAAGAGAUGACCUUGGAGAACUCGCCGCUUCAGUUUUACAUGGACGAAACUGAAGGUGACCAACCUGACACGAGAAAGCAAGAACCGGAUCCUACAGCCAACUUCCCCAAGUUCCACACUUCCGUUCCGGAAGAGUGGCCAUUUAAUAAACCACCACCAGGUAUGGAUGCAAUGGAAGCCCUCCGACUGGAGCAUAUCCGCCAGUGGCGACACCAAGUUGAAAACCCUGACAACGUCAUGCAGCAUGACUACCAGUACUAUUACUCAACCCUCAGCGAACAAGCCAAGCAGAUCCUUGAUAAGGAUUGUAAGAACGUGGGGAGCAUCGUCAACAUGCUAAACUCGGUUGUUCCCGAACUGGGUGCGACAGGUUGCCAAGCACGUGGCAGCUCUACCCAUGCACCUGGUCGACCGAACCUCGCCCCCAGUACAGGAUGUCCAGCCGCGUCCCCAGAGAACAACAUGUACCAUGGAGUUCGGUGGACGUCAAAGAGUGCUCGAUGGAGGAACAAAUUCCAGGAGUUGUUGUCUGACCCACAUCAGAACACCAAGCUCAUUGGCUGUAUUCGUGUCCCUAAAGACGAAGAAAGUUUCUGUCUGAGGAAAAGCUCUCCAGGAACCACCCUCGGUGUUAUAGUAGACGGGAGUGAGGUAGCUGUCACCAAGGUGCGCUUGGAUCAGCUGCCGGAAAUGUUUACCAGUGUGAGCGGACUGUUAUCUGACCACGCGGACCACCUGUUCCUGAUGAAAUACUUGGCCGUUGAACAAAAAGGAGAGCACUGCUAUAUCGCUAAGGAACUGUGUGAGUACACCCUGGAGGAAUACAUCCGGAUCCUGCAUCUCAAUCAUCGUCUUGAUCCCCUGUGCUCUGACCGCCUGGUGUGGCAGUUGCUCAAAGGAUUGAAACAUCUUCAUGACAACUGUAAAAUCGUUCAUCACAACCUGAGGCCGACCAACAUACUGGUGGAUAAAGCUGGGAAGAUAAAGCUGGCAGACUUCGGCUUGAGACACUCGGCUAUGGAGAGGACUGCCAUUCAGUCACUUCCGGAACUCGACCGUCGCUGCUGGCAGCCAUGUGAAGUGCUGGUGUCCAACUCUGAUGCCUGCUAUACUAUCAAGUCCGAUAUUCAGGUGGCUGGCAUGCUGAUAUACUACAUCCUGAGUGGCGGCAGCCACCCUUAUGGAAAGUCCCCGUUUGAGAUAGAGACGAACAUCUGCCGGAACUGGCACCAGCUAACCUACAUCAGUGAGGAGGCGAACGACAUGGUCCUGUCAAUGCUCUCUUACACACCCCUCUCCCGCCCCACCGUUGCAGAGGCGCUAAGGCACCCGUAUUUUUGGUCCGAAGAGAAGAGGUUCAGGUUUUUGCUCAUCGUUGGCUCUGACAUUCUGAAGGAACUCAAAGGAGGAGCGAGCGGAACUUCUGUCACAGAUCACGUGAACAUCAUUUAUGGACCAGCCGUAUCUGCAGACUGGAUUUCCCAGAUUGACCCGGAACUAGUCCGAGAGAUGCAUCUGUUCCGCCAGUACCGGAACUCAAUUCCCGAACUUGUCCUCUUCAUCUACAACUGCUGUCUACAUUUCGACAAACUGAGCGCUGAUGCCAGGGAAAUACUGGAUGACCCGUGCAAGUAUUUCAACACGAAAUUUCCCACCUUAUUCAUGGCCGUCUACCGCAUCCUGCGCACAUCAGAGACCGUCACUGCCCGGAAGUGCUAUAUGUCUUUCUUCUAGUUCCUAAAGAGCAAGGAAACUGUCAUUUUGUCUCACAUUUUAUAGAAGAUAUUUAGUAAUCUUUUUUCAGUUGGAUUUUAAAACAUUAUUUUUUAAGGCAAUCAGAACAUUUUCAAGAGUUUAUACAGUUUUUCUAGAUUCAUGAAUGAUAUUCAGCAAUUUUAAAACUGUGCAUUCUAUUUACACAAAGGACAGUAUUCAUUACUGUAAUCCUGCUGAAUAUGGCAACUGUUAUGUCUUUCAUUGGAAUACCACAUUACCAGUAAACGUUUCUAUUGUCUAAUAACGGUAGUGAUAUGGGGAAUAUAUUUAUAUAUGGAUACUCUAUUUUAUAUACAUAUACUGGACAAUUUAGAGCACAUUUAUCGUGAAUUUGAUAAAAUAUUUUUACUAACAUAUAACUAUUUACGUUCAAAGAAUCGGAGAAACAUUACAACGGAUUUGAUGGCUAUUUUUUAUUAUUAUUUAGCAUUCACACAUGUAUUUGUAUGGAAGGGUUUGAUUUACGUUUACAUGAACGCAUGCAGACUUACAUAUGAUGGGGGUUCACCAUUCUGAGAUGAGCUAGGGUUUCAGCGUAUGUCAUAGGCUUUGGGGCUUAGGGACUGUGCUGAUUCUAAACUGCUGAUUGGCUUUUCGUAAAAUGAGACGUAAAACGGAAUGUGAAAAUGAGAGUACAUGUGUUUGGUUUGUGAAUUUACCAAAGUAUUUGUUAAUGGGAGAGACACGAAUGAAUGCGGAGUAUGUGUAAAUAUAUAAAGUAUGUGAACGGCUAGUGCGUGUAAAUGGAUGGUGUACGUGUAAACAUGUGAAGUAUGUGAAUGGUGGUGCUUCUGUGAAUGGUUGGUACACGUAAAUGGGUGGCUUAUGCGUGAAUAUGUGAAUGGUUGGUGUGUGUAAAUGUGUUGCGAGUAUGUAAGAAUGUAAAGCAUGUGGAUGGUUAUUGCAUGUGUGAAUGAUUGAAACCUGUAAAUGGGUGGCGUACGUUUGAAUAUGUGAAGUGUGUGAAUGGUUUGGUGACAAAUGGUGGCAUUGGUGCAAAUCAACAGUGUGUGAAAUUGAGUGAAGUGGAUGAUUGGA